AACUUUGGCGGCGUUUGAUUUUGCACGUAGAAAAGGAGCCGAAAUGGAGGCCAGCAUGUCCAGACUUCUUGUUGGGCUCUCUGUAAAAAUCAGUCGCAGUGACGGUCGAGUUCAUCUGGCAACGGUGAAAUCUGUGGAUACCGUAAAGUCCACGGUUAUGGUUGAGUGGGUUGAGAGAAAUAUCUGCCGAGGAAAAGAGGUUGAAGUGAGUGAGUUAUGUGUACUCAAUCCAGAGCUUUUGGACCAUAUAAAAGCUGCCACCAAUCAGGCUGCAGACCCACCCACUCCUGCUCCAGACAAGAAAUAUGAGGGUCGACUACGCUCAUCCAGGAUUCCCGCCCCUGUCUCCUCGUCUGCUCCAGCAGUCAACAAAGCUGAAGAGUCAGUUGCCAAUCGGUCUCAGACCAGGCAGACGUGUAUGUUCCAGGCCCCGGCCCCCGUACCAGCACCUGUUCCCCCCUGUGAGUCUUCGCAGGCGAACCGAGAGACGGUCCAUCCUGAUCACACCUCUUCAUCAGUCCUGACAAACUCUGCGCUUCCAAAUCAGGAGCAGCGUAGAAAGAAUGAGGCCAAACCAGCACAGUCACUUGCUUUUGUGCGUGAGGCAAAAAAGGAAAAUGAUGAACCUGAGAGAAUGCCUCCUCCGCCUGCAGUCAAAGGCAGAAGAAAAUCUGUGGCUCCCCAAGAGAUAAACAAAGGUAACAAAAGGCUGUCUUGUGUUGUAAAGCCCUCUGAGAGGCAGACCAAGAGGGGAAAGUUUGGAGAGGCUGCUCGACCAAACCAGAAGUUUUACGAGAUGAUCCAAGACUUCAGAGAAACGCUGGAAAUAACCCCCAUAUCCACAGCUGACCAUAUUGAACCUCACAGGAUUUGUGUGUGUGUUCGCAAGCGGCCCCUUAACAAACAAGAGAUUACUAAAAAGGAGAUAGAUGUGGUGUCUGUACCUGGAAAUGGUGCACUGCUGGUCCAUGAGCCAAAACAGAAGGUGGACCUCACCAAGUACUUGGACAACCAAAUCUUCCACUUUGACUACUCCUUUGAUGAGACCGCCACCAAUGACCUGGUCUACAAGUUCACAGCCAAACCUUUGGUGCAGUCCAUUUUCGAAGGUGGCAUGGCAACAUGUUUUGCCUAUGGCCAGACUGGAAGUGGGAAGACUCACACGAUGGGAGGAGAUUUCACAGGAAGGCAGCAGAACAGCGCCAAAGGAAUCUACGCUUUGGCAGCCCAGGAUGUUUUUGCCUAUCUGAACCACAGGAGGUAUACUGACCUGGAUCUCUCUGCUUAUGUCAGCUUCUUUGAGAUUUACAAUGGAAAAGUGUAUGACCUGCUGAAUAAGAAGGCCAAGCUCCGCGUUCUGGAGGAUGACCGACAGCAGGUUCAGGUGGUGGGCCUGGAGGAGGUCUAUGUGGCCUCAGCAGAGGAAGUCAUUAAGAUGAUCCAGACGGGCAGUGCAUGCAGAACAUCAGGCCAGACCUCCGCCAACGCAAACUCAUCCCGCUCUCAUGCCAUCCUUCAGAUUGUCCUUCGGCGCAAUGACCGCGCCACCACACUGCAUGGCAAAUUUUCACUGGUUGAUUUGGCUGGCAAUGAGCGCGGCACAGACGUCAGUAGCAACGACCGCAGCACUUUGGUGGAGACUGCCGAGAUCAACCGCAGCCUGCUGGCUCUCAAGGAAUGUAUUCGUUCACUGGGGAUGAACAGUGAUCACAUUCCUUUCCGGAUGAGCACUUUGACCAAAGUCCUCAGGGAUUCUUUCAUUGGAGAAAAGUCCAGGACCUGCAUGAUUGCAAUGGUGUCUCCAGGCAUGACCUCCUGUGAAUACACCAUGAACACACUACGUUAUGCUGACAGAGUGAAAGAGCUGAAAGGCAACGCCAAGACCGGCGGAGCAGCGAAGGCACAAGAGCCCAUAAACAGCUCCACAGAGGAGGAAUCUGUUGAGGAUGCCAGUGUAUAUGAUGCCAUAUCCCAAGUGGCAGAGCUGGAGGAGAAGGUUUAUGCGCAGUUUCAGAGGGGAAAUGAACUCUUCAAUGCAAUGGGGCAAAUCUCCUACAAUAUCGAGGCAGGACUUCCCGACCUGAUGGAUCAUGCAAAGAAAUUUUUGGACACGGUACUGGCUUUACAGACUGCUGUGGACCAGGAGAAAAUGGCAAGGCGAAGUUAUUGAGAUGAACCCACCGAACCACUGACAAAGCGUGUAUAUUAAAAAUGUCUGUUCUUACAUAGCUUGAUUUUAACGUGUUAAUGACUGUACUAAAUAAAUAAAAAGUAUUGACACUAUCUAAUUGAAA